AUGACGAACAGGGACCGCUUGGAGAGGACGAAUGGACACGGGGCACGACGUGAUAGGCCAGAAGAUCCGCUAGGACGAAGCACGAGGCUGGAACCCAUGAGACAUGACGCUCGAAUGGAAGGGUUUGCACCGACAGGAGGCCCGACGUUCCGAGAGUGUGGGGACGCUGCAACCGUGACAAAGCCUGAUUACGCGAUCGAUAGGGGGUCGUCGCCGACCAUCGUUGACGUUCGAGAGGUGCACUUGAAGACAUCGAGAGGGAUAAAGCAGCGGUGA